GUUGAAGUUGGAGAAACAACUGAACAAGAUUUCUAUUCACGAAAAAAGAUAUUAUUCGAAAAAGUUGAGUUAUUCUGUUGUUUGAUCAAAGCUAAUUCGAAGCAGCAUUUCGUAAAGGAAACAACCUGGGACACUGAAUUAUAUGAUUUUACAAGAAACAUUGACAAAGCUAAACUUGAAAUGACACAGUGGGAAAUUUUACUUGAAAAUGAGAAAUCAGACUCGAACCAAUUUUUGCAAAGUAUUGAAUUAAAUUGGGAAAGAAGAAAACUCGCAAGGAAGAAUAUUCGAGAAAGUUUGAAACAAAAGAUAAAAAUGCGAACAGCCAAAUUCUCGUCGAAGUUGUCCGCUACAAAUUUAAGGAAUGAAGUACGAAAAAGAUCUGUGGAGGUAGAAGUUGAGUGGUUCGAUCUUCGUUUGAAAUCUCUUGACGGAAUAUGUUAUUUGAGAAUGAACGAUUUAUGCAAUGAACGUUAUAAAGCGAGAAGACGAUGUUUGGAUCAAUUUGAAAAAUACGACAGGAAUAUCGGAUCGCUUUAUGUGUAUAAACUUAGUCUUCGAAUCAGACAGAAUCUGUUGAACGAAGAAUAUGCCAUUCUUCAGGAUCACCUUGUUGCUCAACGUAGUUUAUAUAAACGAUUAAAGGAGGAAAGCGAGUUAGACGUAAAGAGAGCUUUCUUAGCGAACGUAGAAUAUUUUCGUGCAAAUCAUGCAGCAAGAAUCAUUCAACGAAAUUGGAAAUUAUAUUGUGCGCGUAUGUCUUGGAAAAAAAGGAAAAGUAGAAGAUAUUAAAGAGAGAGAUAUUAAAGAAAGUAAAAUAAGCGAUAUAUGCAUAUGGAGACACAUUUUAUAAUAGAGAUAUUCGUUCAUCUAAGAUAAAAUUCAAUUAAAAGGGAUUUUUCGAAUAGUUGUUUAAUCCAAUUCACGUCGAAUAAAUUUCAUAUAAUCGUCAUUUCAUAUCUAGAGAUAAACGACCGUUACGAUAUCUCGAUAAUCUCGAUUAACUUUUUCUGUAUAGCCAACGAAUAGUAUUCUUUGCAAUAAGUACUUAUGGUAAAUAUCUAUUGCACAAGAGUAAUUUUAAUGAUACAGAGAAUAAAACAGAAAAUGGUUAAAUAUCUAACAAUAUUGAUCUUCUACUAUGUUUAGAAAUCUCUCUUUCUCUCUCCAUCUCUCUCUCCAUCUCUCUCUCCCCCUCUCUCCCUCUCCCUCUCUCUCUCUCUCUCGCUCACUCUCUCUCACUCUCACUCUUUCUGUCUUGCUUACUCUCCUUUCCUUUUCCCUCCUACUAGCUUUACCUCUUUCCGUAUCGCCUUCUUUUCGCUCACCUUCGAAAGGUUUUUGCCCUUAGGGGGACGGGCGCAUCACAGACAUAUUUGCAUCUCUAAGAUAC